GAACGACAGUGUGUCUCCCUCUAGUGGCGCAAAGUGGUACUCACUCACCGCUGAAACACGGCGCAGGCUGAUACGUCAUCAACAGCAGCCAAACCUUCUGUAGAACACCACAGCCAAAAUGCUUUUCUACUCGUUUUUCAAGUCUUUGGUUGGGAAGGACGUGGUGGUGGAGCUGAAAAACGACCUCAGUAUCUGUGGGACGCUUCAUUCUGUUGAUCAGUACCUGAACAUCAAGUUGACCGACAUCAGUGUGACAGACCCAGAGAAGUAUCCACACAUGCUGUCUGUGAAAAACUGUUUCAUCCGCGGCUCGGUGGUCCGGUACGUUCAGCUGCCGGCAGACGAGGUGGACACUCAGCUGCUUCAGGACGCCGCUCGGAAGGAAGCCAUGCAGCAGAAGCAGUGACCGGGGCUGCGGGUUCGGGGAGGGGGGCUUUAAGUCAUGGGUUCUUUAUAGUUCAGUUUGAAGAAGACCGCUGUGAACCGCCUCCACACACUGCGCCGGUCGAUGGAGAAUUGAGUGCAUUCCUGAUGUUGGCGAUGGGCCAACUGCAGGUCUGUGGGUUUAUGGACAUUUUCUUUACUUCUGAGGCGGUUUAGGAUCUUUGUCUUUUGUUUCAUUCCUAUAGAGUUUGGCCUAAAGUGAAGCCUGCAGAUGAGACUCUGCCAUUUUCCAAUAGCUGUAACUUUUUUGUUUUUUAAUGCCAUUUGGAAAUAAAAUAAUUUAUAUUUGGC